AUAAAGACUAUUCAAAACUGCCCUCUACCGAACACCAAGAAACAACUUCGAGGUUUCUUAGGAUUAAUUGGCUUCUGUCGCCCCUGGUUGCCGUCCUGCGGGGAGUUAAGCAAACCGCUCCACCGACUCACUGCUAACCUUGCUCCUGACCCUUUGCAGUGGUCCCCGGACACUAUUCAAGCCUUUCAGUUACUGAAGGACAGUGUGGCCUCCUCCAUGUCUCUCUGCCCCCCCAAUUACAGCAAACCCUUUCACCUUUUUGUCCACGAGAGGGGCGGAAUUGCUAGUGGUGUCCUUACCCAGCUGAGCGGGCCCCACCAUUUCCCGCUUGCUUUUUACUCUCAGCAAAUCGACCCUGUCGCUCAGGGAACCCCAUCCUGCACCCGGACUCUGGCAGCAGCUGCCCUGCUGAUCACAAAGGCAAAGAGCCUAACCCUGGGUCAUUUUACCACGGUUUGGACCUCUCAUGCCUUGUCAGCCCUUCUGCGUAGGGGCACAACCCAAGUCUUUUCGGCCCAUCGUCAGCAACAGCUAGAGGCCGAACUCUUAGAAGACACUAACCUAAUUUUUGAAAGGUGUGGACCCCUUAAUCCAGCUACCUUGCUUCCUGACCUGCCAGUCCUCCAGGAUCAGCACGACUGUGUGGAAAUAGUUUACAGCAUCUUACAGAUAAGAGACAACCUGUUUGACGUGCCACUGGACAACCCCGAUUGCAUCCUCUUCUCGGACGGAAGCUCCUUCUAUGUUGAUGGCAAGCGUUUCACUGGUUAUGCUGUCACCUCUGAAUGGGACAUUCAAGAGGCCGCCUCACUGCCAGGCAACUGGGGAGCCCAAGCCGCUGAACUCUAUGCCCUGGCCCGAGCUUGCCAGUUGGCUGCUGGUAAGACCGUUACCAUUUUUACUGAUAGCAAAUAUGCUUUUGGAGUUGUGCAUUGUCAUAUCCACCUCUGGAAGUUUCGAGGUUUCCAGACAGCUGCCGGUAAACCCAUUCAGCACCUCCCCCUCAUCCACAAGCUUUUGGACGCCCUCCAAAAACCCUCUGUCCUGGCUGUAGUUCACUGCCGGGCCCAUACUAAAGAUAGUAGCCCCGUUACCCGUGGGAAUGCCCUGCCUGACGCCUCCGCCAAGAAGGCUGCCACCUUACCUUUAGCCAUGCCCACAUUGGCUAUUGCAACCUCCUCCUUUACUCCACCGCACCCCGUACCAGUACCCGCUGCUGAACUACAAUCGUGGGAAAGCCUCGGGGCCACUCUGGUCAAAGGGACCUGGCUUAUGCCAGAUGGCCGAGCCUGCCUCCCUCGCUCCACAUACCCCGUGGCAGUUCGCUGGCACCAUGAUAAAGGGGGUCACUACGGCACGCACGCCCUUGUGGACACUAUCGCUCGCUUUUGGUAUGCUCCAGGCAUUCAACCCUAUUGCCUAUCAAUAGUGAAAGCAUGCAGCACAUGUCAGCGUAAUGGACCUGCUCCGCCUCUUAACAAAAUUAAGGGUGGAAGACCUCCGCCUGCUGCUCCAUUUCAACAUCUUCAAAUUGACUUUGCAGAUAUGCCAAAGGCUUUUGGGAAAAAGCACCUCCUUGUUUUGGUUUGCCCUCUGACUUCCUGGGUCGAAGCUUUUCCUACUGCUAAUUGUACUGCUGCCACAGUGGCGAAGAUUCUCCUUCGAGAUAUUGUACCCCGUUUUGGCAUCCCUCUUGUGCUCGACUCAGAUCGCGGACCUCACUUUACUGGUCAUGUCCUUGGCCGUUUAGAACAAGGACUGGGCAUUUCACACUCCUUUCAUACACCCUACCACCCCCAGUCUAGCGGGAAAGUUGAGCGUAUGAAUAGGGAACUUAAGUUUACAUUGGCUAAAUACUGUCAGGAAACAGGAUUAAAGUGGCCUCAGGUACUUCCCUUGGUCCUGUUUCACCUUCGUACUCGCCCAACCCGCGCAUUGGGAUUAUCCCCCUUUGAACUGCUCUAUGGACACCCCCCUUUCAAAGGCGGGGCGCUACCACGUGCUGAUGUUUCACUAUUGGGAGGGGAUCAUAUGACCGCGUGUCAGUUUCUCUCCCUACAGGCUCGCCUUCGUACCCUUUGGAAAGCCUCGCAGUUUUCCCAGACCGUGCCGCUGGAGGAACAAAUCCACCCGUUCCAACCAGGGGACUUCGUCUGGGCCAAAAAGUUCGUUCGUGACGACACCCUCCAGCCAAGGUUUACUGGACCCCACCAGGUUCUUUUGACAACCCAGACUGCAGUGUUCCUGGAAGGACGCAAAUCUUGGAUCCACCACUCCCACGUCAAGCCAGCCGUAGUGGACCACAGUGACGGACCAGCAGCUCUUGUCACCACUGAGGACACUGCCUUCGACCAGUGGACCAGCUUACCUCUCUCAGACAUUAGACUUAAAUUGACUCGAAAAAAAUGAGAGGACCCUUUAUUCUGACAACUGUAUGGUUUUUUUUAUGCUUUUUUAGUUUAUUUUCUGCUUAUGAAGAUAAUGCUUUUAUUAGAUAUUCCCACGAGGUUAAAACUCGUAUUUUAGAAAAUAGAAGUAAUUGCUGGGUAUGUACUCAAUUUCCAGUAAAUGCAGCACAGGGACUCCCCUUCACUCCCAUUCCCCUAACCACUGCUAAUAUGACUUGGAUGCCACCGACUAGAAUAAAAGAUCCAGUCCAACCCAAUCUUACAUGGGACAAAACAGGAGUGCCAAUUAACAAAUAUCUCAGGGUAACCAAUCAAAUAGGAUCACUGUGUUUUGUUAAAGGAAAAGGGUCAACUUUUGUGGGAACAAGUAAAUGCAACAUAUAUUUUAAUGGCACCGCCUUUAGUAAAAAUCUUGGCUUCAAGCCUUGCGCAUCCCACUUAUCCCAUAUGUGGAUCCCUCACCCCGAUCCAACCUUUUCAACUUUUUCAUGGAGGGGCAGGUUUUCAGAGUCAGUUUUUAAAAAGCCCUGCUCAGAUCUCAAGGGUGUCCAACUAAUUGUUAAAGGAUACACAAUUGCCUUCUACAACUGCUCAAGCAGUACUACACUGCCCUUUGAGAACAACACUACCAAAUUGUGCCUCUGCAGUUCACACAACGACCCCUCUGCGUUACCAGGGGAACAGUGGUACAACGGGUGGUGGGUUACCUCCUACUUUGAGAAAUGGAAUACCCAAAACGCAUUAUAUGGAACAUACUGGGUGUGCGGGCCCAAAGCUUAUUAUUUUCUCUCCCCUGAUUGGGCAGGGUCAUGUUAUUUGGCAUGGCUAGCACCGCCUUCUCGCAUCUCCCUCACUCCCCCUCAUUUUCCCCACGUUCGUAACAUCC